GCGAGGGGCGGCGCCGCCUCCGUGCCGCCUCAGCGGCCGCCGCCAUUACGGGAGGGGCGGGCUGCGCCCUGCCCCGAGACGGGCCCUGCGCUGCCGCGGCGGCUGCCCUGCCCUCGCUAACCGCCAUUGGGCGAAUCCGACCCACCCGGCAGUACCUGCACUUCUGGUUGGCUGGAGCCGCGGGGCCCCCUUGACGGGCGAAUGAGGAACGGGGUUGUUUUCUAGUCCCAAGAUGGCGGCGCGCUGUCCUGCGUCUGUGGAAGGGACCGGGGGGGAGUAAGCCCUGAGGCAGCGGGUCAGGGCCGCGAGAGCCGCGCCGCCGCGGGGGGAUGAGGUGACGGCCGCCAUGGCGAGCGAUGGAGGCAGGAAGCAGUUCUGGAAGCGGAGCGGCGCGAAGGUGCCGGGCAGUAUACAACAUGUGUAUGGAGCUCAGCAUCCACCUUUCGAUCCGUUAUUACAUGGAACCUUGAUAAAAACAGGUUCAAAACCACCUACUACUCCAGUGAAACUAAAGAAAGUCAGCACCUUUCAAGAAUUUGAAAGUAAUACAAGUGAUGCUUGGGAUCUUGGGGAUGAUGAUGAUGAACUCUUAGCAAUAGCUGCUGAAAAUUUAAAUACUGAAGUGGUCAUGGAAACAGCUCACAAAGUAAUUCAGAAUCACAGCAAAUUACAAGAACAACAUAAAUUGCAGGAGGAUCAGCUACAGGAAGAAAAACAAGUAGAAUCUGCAGAGCUGUCUUCUAUUGCAUAUGGUGAUAAUAGGCUUGUUAAAUCAGUCAGUGAAGGUCAUACAUCAAGUUCAUCAGAUAAUGCUAGUGAAAGUUCUUCCAUGCAGAGAUCACAGUCCCUUCCACAAACUUCCACACCUCCCUUUGUGAGUGGAAUGGUGGACCAUAACACCUCAGUUACUCUUGCAUUAACUGAAAGAGAGGCAUCCCGAUUAGACAAAUUUAAGCAGCUACUGGCUGGUCCUAAUACAGAUCUUGAGGAAUUACGUAAACUGAGUUGGUCUGGAAUUCCCAAACAAGUUCGUCCAAUUGCGUGGAAGCUUCUUUCAGGUUAUCUUCCUGCAAAUGUGGACCGAAGGGAAAGCACUUUACAAAGAAAACGUAAAGAAUAUUUUGUAUUUGUUGAACAAUACUAUGAUUCCAGAAAUGAUGAAAGUCACCAAGAUACCUACAGACAGAUUCAUAUAGAUAUCCCACGUAUGAGUCCUGAAGUUUUAAGACUUCAGCCCAAGGUAACAGAGAUCUUUGAACGAAUUUUGUUUAUCUGGGCUAUACGUCAUCCAGCCAGUGGAUAUGUUCAGGGCAUAAAUGAUCUUGUUACUCCUUUUUUUGUAGUCUUCGUUUGUGAAUAUAUAGAGGAAGAAGAAGUGGAAAAUUUUGAUGUUUCCAGUCUGCCUGAAGAAGUGCUGCAGAACAUAGAAGCUGACAGUUAUUGGUGCAUGAGCAAGUUGCUUGAUGGCAUUCAGGAUAAUUACACAUUUGCACAGCCUGGAAUUCAAAAGAAAGUGAAAAUGUUGGAAGAACUUGUUAGUCGGAUCGAUGAACAAGUUCAUAGGCACUUGGAUCAGCAUGAAGUGAAAUACUUGCAAUUUGCUUUCCGUUGGAUGAAUAACUUGCUGAUGAGGGAAGUCCCCUUACGGUGUACCAUCAGGCUAUGGGACACAUACCAAUCUGAACCAGAGGGUUUUUCUCACUUCCACUUGUACGUCUGUGCUGCCUUCCUUGUCAGGUGGAGGAAAGAGAUCCUGGAAGAGAAAGACUUUCAAGAAUUGCUGAUAUUUUUACAGAAUUUGCCCACAAUGCACUGGGGAAACGAAGAGAUUAGUGUACUCCUGGCAGAGGCCUACAGACUAAAGUUUGCAUUUGCGGAUGCCCCCAAUCAUUACAAGAAAUGAAUAUAAAGAACCAGAAAUUGUUAAGACCAACGUGUUCUGCAGUAUUACAGCAUCAGUUAUUCUGGUUGCGCUUUUGGUUCAUUCUUCUUUCAUUUGAAUUAAGAUGAGCAUUAAAAUUGUGUUAAAAUUUACAAAAUGAGAACAGAAUACCAAAGAAAUGGACACAGCAGGAUUCAAAUAUUGAAUGAACUUUAAAAGUGAAUUUUCUUGCUCAACGUAAAGAAAGAGGUCAGUUGUCUACUACAUAAUUUCUUCUUUUUUCACGUUCUGUAAUUAAGAGAAUUGCAGUCUGUAAUUUCUGUCUAACAGUUGUUAUAUGUGCUUGAGACUUAAAAUUUCUUACAGAAUGAUUAUAUGAUUAUUUUGUUGUCAUCUGUAAUAACUUUAUCAGUCAGUAUUGGCCAGUGAUAAGAAUUAUUUGAGUGGAAGAAAAGAUUUUUUCAGUCCUGAAGACCAGUUGAGACGGCAAGGCCUGUAUUUUGAGAUCUGGUUAUGUCUCGGAAGACAUUUAUAUUCUCAUGAUACCUUUUCUUUUUCUAUGGAAUGAAGUUAGAAUACUUCUGAAGUAUAAGAAAGAUGCCUCAGAAGCUUUUUUGCCAUACAAAGAAGUUACUAAAAGUUUAAGAUUCAUCUCUAAUGCUAAAAUAAAUCCCUUUAUAUAUAUUUUGGAGAGGGUUUUUAAUAUUGAAUGAAAUAAAAGAUGAGAUCUUGUAAAAAUAAUUAAAACCUUUUCUUAAAGGCUUUACAAUUUUUCAGUAUGAAAGCUCACUUUUAAGACACUUACAUUAAGAAGCUUAGUUUACAAAGCAGAAUGCGUUUUGAUCUCAGUUGUUGCCUUAUUCUCCAUUUCUAGCAUUUUAGAAAAGGAAGAUUAAUACACCUAUCCUAAGCUUAUUUUAAUAAUUUGUUUAAUAGCUUUUUCUCUUAUUAUUCAGAGGAAACAAGAAGAUAGUUCCUAAUAACAGUAACAGUAACUAUAUACCCAGAUCACUUGUGUCAUUAGUAGAAUAAAAAUCUCUGUGACUUUACAGAGUGAAAUUAGUAGUUCUUCAAUAAUCAUGGGAUUCUGAAUAAUUUCUUAAAACUUAUAUAAUUUAAGUGCACUAUUUAUUUUCAGGAAAUCUUUUCAGAUAUGGAUUCUGAUGUUGCUCUAUUGGAUGUAAAUAAACUCAUAUUAAUUUGUGCCUACCCUAAAUAUAGGUUAUUAAGGGUGAGAGUUGCUAUAGACAAUAUACUGGGAGCUCAGAACUGUUAUUCUUCAGUUCAAUUCUAGAAUUGCACAAUGUUGCACCAAAAGUACAGUGCACUUUUAAGAUUGGGAAAUAAAAGAUCUUCAAGAGAUCUUCUCUUAUGAUGUGUUCUUGGAAGAUUAUUUUCAGGUCCUUAAAAAUAUGUAUCUACAUUUUUUUUUUAAAAAAAGAAGGCUUUCUAGAUAUGUUAGUUACAUUACUUGUUUUAGGGGCCGAAGUUCUUGACACCAAAUUUUUAAUAAGUUACUUAGGUGUUUCAGGGUAAAUAGAAUACAUUUUUACCAACAUAUAAUUAUAUGAGAUCUGUAUUUUCAAAUGAUAUAAAAUCAUUAGUAGACUGGAAAAUACCAACUUAAUUCCGAAGCAGGAGGGUUUGGUGACUAGGAUGCAUUUCUGUUCUGCUGAAGUCAGCUGGAGUCGUUAGUUCCAGUGUGUAGAAGUUCAGGCCUCCUAGAUUAUUGCACUUGUGCCUACAGUGUGUAGUUGCUCUAUGUUUCUUAAAUGUCAGUAUACUCUUUUCUGUAACUUCAAUUUAUGGUCUAAUGUAUCAAGUUUUAUCUUUAUGUUUACACAGAAUGUCAUAUUGUGCCUAACGGGAGUGUCUACCAGUAACAGAAUAAAACAAACCAGAAAUUUAUGACCAUUUGCUUUAGUUAAACUUAGUAUGUUCAAUCAUUGGUUAAUAGAAAUGCGUAUUAUUGUGACUAGAGAGAAGACACACACCAUUAAAUGUAUAAUAUUGUAAGGAUUUACUGUAAUUUUUUUUUAUUAAGAUGUUAUUUAGGUAGUUACAUGUAACAUAAAAAGUUGACCCAGAGUCGUCUGCUGUGUCAGAUGCUUCUGCAUAACAUUUAUGAGACUAGAUACAUAAAGUUUCCUUCACCGGGUCCACUUACGUUGACUGCCAUGUCUUCCAAAUUCAACAGGUACCUCUUACUUCCCUUGGAAGAAAGUAUUACCAUGUUACCAACAGAGGUCACAUUUACUACUGUGUCUGUGUCAGAAGUUGAAUAUUGUACUUGAGCACAUUGCUUUUUAAGGAUAGUGGGAUGUUUCCUAAUCUAAUAACAAUGUUUAUUAUUUUAUAUAUAGAGAGAGAAUUCUCUGGAAAAUGAUAUAGGUAUAUAAAUGAUAUUUAUAUAUCUAUACAAAUAGAAAUAGUUUUCAGUAACUAGAAGGCCAAUAUUUAUGUAAAAUUUCAGAAUUUUCAAUACUUAAAAAUCAUUUCAUUUUAUUAAAAAAAAAUCUUUAACAAUUCUACAUCUCAGGUAAAAUGUUAUUCCAAACAAAAUAUUACAGAGAGAAGGAUAUAACUUUAUCAUUAUUACAUCCCAUGCACUUAUUUUGUCAAAAUUCAAGAUUCUGAGUAUUAUAAAAUUCCUUUAUAAAAUAUAUUUUCUUAUGAAGGAGGCAUCAUGACACAUCACUAGUGAAUCCAUACAGUAAUUUCCUAGCACUGAUGUGAAAUAUUAAAGUUACAGUAUCUCAAAUAUGUGUUGAAGAAUUUCUGUAAUAAAAAUUAAAAUAAUAAUGUACCAUAUAAGCAGAUUUAUGACUACAGUGUUUGAAAAAUGUAAAUAAAUUAGUCAAAUAUGUAAAUGCAAUACAUGGGAUAGGAUAGAAAUGUAAGUCUGAAAUCUUAUGUAAGUCUGUAAUUCAUUACAAGGAAUUAGUUACCUUAUUUUCUAACUCAGUUUCAUGUAGAAAGGCCCAUAAAUUUGUUUUUAACUUCAAAACUAUAGAAUAAAAGUAUGCAAAGUUCAGUUGUAUGCUUCUGACAAAUAUUAACACUGAGACACUGGCUAAAACUGUAAAGGUGAUGAAAGAUGAGGAAAUAAAUGCAUAUUUAUGAAGUGCUAUA